AUGUCGACUCCUCAGCAUUAUGACGAAGGCCCCGAGGUGGCACCUCAUCAAGCAUAUCCCGAGGUGUACCAUCCUCCUGCUCAGUCCUAUCCCACCUCGCCCCAACCGCAAGUUGUCACGCCGAUCAAGAGAGAGGACUCGACAUAUGGAGGAGCCUACGCGUCAACGGCAGUUGAUCCGUCAGUAUAUGGCGGCACCGCGGACCAUCGUUCGACGUAUCACGCACCUGGAGAGUCUGUCGCGCCGCAGAAGAGCAGGAAAACCGUCUGCGGCUGCACGUUCCUCGUCUUCAUCCUCUCCAUCAUCAUCGCAGUGUUGGCCGCGGCCGUCAUCGGUCUGGCAGCAGGAACAGGCGUGGAGGCGAACCGGGCGAAUGAUGCACUCGACAAGCUCGCGGCCCUCGAGGCUUCGGCUAGCACGCAGCCAUCUGCGACUGUGACGGUGACGGCGGCGAGCUCUUCGGCGACGGCGACUGGGUUCGCUUCCAUCUCCAACAACUGUUCCAACAAGGACGAGACGACGACGGGACAGACGUACACCACAGACUUCUUCAACAAGGUGACUUUCACCAUGUUCUGCAACUCCAACGCCCCGAACGCCCCGUUGAUGUCGCUCUUCACCGCCAACUUCAACAACUGCAUGGACGCCUGCGCUUCCUUUAGCUCAUACGAAGCCGGCUUCAACGGCAAUGCGACGUGCGCAGGGGUCAGCUUCAUUCCUCUGUGGACGACGAGAUCAGGCGCCGUGGAGGGCAAAGCGCCUGGCAACUGCUACCUCAAGCCAGGCCCUCAAAACCGGACGGCGCUUGAGACACCAAACAUCGGCACCGAGUGCCACGCCGCCAUCCUGAACUCGUGA